GAGAGUUUCAGGCAAAAUUCAGGCUUUUAAGCCCUGCCUCCAUGUGACUGAUACUCACAUCACUGUACAUUGCAGUAGAUUUCUCCAAAUGGACACAUGGAAGUAUAUUUUAUGACUUGUGAAAAUGUAAGUAGGAGAGCAAAAUCUUGACAAACUAUAAGAACAGUGCGCGUCACACGCAGCCUUUGCAGAGUUAUAAAAAUUUGGAGGCGCAUGACCACACACCAGGACAGCGGGUGGGGACAGCACAAUUGUCAUUAUUGGUGUGCGCCCGGCCUGAUGCGUCAACUAUAAACCUAGCACAACUCGACGCGCCACGCACCGUUCAGUUUGUUUGUUCAUCAUGCUUUUGCUCUACUGUUUACAACAUUUCACAGGCCAUAAAGUGUACUGCCACAUGUACUUUUGGAGAAAUCUACAACAACGUAAGCGCCAAGCCGGUGUGGACUGCGCAAGUAACCAAAGUGGUAUAAAAACCCAGCCUAUGUGGCACCGCAAAACAAGCAUGCUGCAGUGACCACAGGGUUGAGCUCGGCAGCGCCUCUACAGGCCGGACCACCCGCCCAUCCAGCCCACCGGGAAACCCCCAGUAGACAUGUGUGCCAGUCUCCCCCUGCUGUGAAAAAGGCAGUGUACACCCUGGACAGGUCAUACGUCCAUCACGGGGGACACAGAGACAAAUCACCAUUACACUCUCACCACAACUAGGGACAAUUUAGAGUUGUCAAUCAACUUAACAUGCAUGCAUUUUUGGUCUGUGGGUGGAAGCUGGAGUACCUGGAGAAAACCCAUGCACGUACAUAGAGAAAAUGCAAACUCUACCCAGAGAGGUCCCCCAUAAAUCCAGUUAUAAUAUCAGAGUAAUAUUAAAAAAAACUGUUAAUAACAACGUUUGUAUCUAAUGUAUGUUCAUUGUAACAGGAACUCCCACCAGUGGUUGUGAAUUGAUGGGCAAAGCAGACAUCUGGCUGAUAAGAACCUACUGGGAUUUUGAUUUCCCUCGUCCACUCCUCCCUAAUUUUAAAUUUGUUGGAGGGAUCCAUGGCAGACCUGCUAAACCUCUACCAAAGGAUAUGGAAGAAUUUGUCCAAAGCUCUGGAGAUGAUGGCAUCGUGAUCUUCUCUUUGGGAUCAAUGGUCAAAAACGUCACCNUAGGAAGAGACACUGUCAUCAAAGUCAAAUCUAGUAAGGACAGUUUUACAGGUCAUGAUAUCCAUAUUCUUGAUAUUGAGUGUCAUUUUCACUCACUGGUUUCCAAAUAUGUUGCUAUCUAG